CUAUUGACCUCGAUGGCGAUCAAGGACAAACCGAUCACCGCAAAGAACCCGCAGGCUAACGCGAUCUGCGAGCGCGUGCACUUGGAAAUUAUGAACAUCAUUCGCGUACGCCCGGACCUGCAUGAUCAGCUGGAAGUCGCCCUCGACUAUGCUGCCUACGCCAUAAGGGCCAGCUAUCACUCCGUACUUCGAGCUUCCCCCGCUCAAUUGAUGUUUGGCGAGGACAUGAUCACGCGCGAGUUGCAUUUCGCCAACUGGAACUUCCUCUCAAAGCAGCGAUUCAUGGCCAUCAUGCAGGACAACGAUCGUGAAACUAUGCGGCGACUGCAGCACUUCUAUCGUGUAGGUGACAACGUCAUGCUCCGUGUCCCUGCUCGUGAAAGGAAGAAAACCGACCCAGUCGCCAAGGGCCCGUUCGUCGUGAAGGCCGUCUACGACAACGGCAAUGUGCUCCUCGACACUGGAUCAAGCGAGUACCGAGUCAACAUCAGGCGAAUCUUCCCGUGU